AUGGCAGAUCACUCGAUCUCCCGCACUCCUUCCCCAAAACCAGCAUCUGAAAAUAUUCCUUCUAAAACCAUUAAUCACACAAUUCAUCCAGCCCUCACAGUCACCAACAUCACAAACUUCAUUAAAAUCACUCUUGAUAUCGAGAAAAGUCAAUACAACACAUGGUCUGAGUUGUUCAAAAUUCAUGCUCAGGCAUACGAGGUUCUUGAUCAUAUAAUUCCUCCCACCGAAACAAAUACUACCUCCUCUUCACCAUCCCUCAAAGAAACUGACCCAACCUUGUGGAAACGUCUUGAUGCCAUUGUUUUACAAUGGAUUUAUGGUACUAUUUCCACCGAUCUCCUCCACACCAUCAUUGAACGUGACUCUACUGCCCAACAAGCUUGGAACCGCCUUUUUGACAUGGUUAUCUAUGGAGAUUAG